ACAACUCCUCCAUUGUAACCCUCACCAUCUGCAGUCAGAGUUGAACUCUGCUUGACGUUGUACCACAACUUUUAUUCUAUAACGCCUUAUAACGCUUAUAUUACUUGUUCUCUCCAAGAAUAUCUCAAGUAAAGCGUAACCCAUGGAACCAGGCUCUAGACAACCGCCCCCGCAAGGGCCCCCUCCAAGUUACGCAUUUGUGACGAGAGUAUAUCGCAAAAGUCUGCGACCAGUCGUAAUAUUUACUUCGUCUAUUGCUGCAUUAUAUGCACUCUUUGCGUGCAUAGGAAACUUUAGGAACGGCACAAGUAACCACGGUCAAACCACGGCCAAGUUGGCUACAUUUUCAACGGUCCUAGGUGUCCUGUAUAUCGUCAUAUGUGCCAUUGAGGUUCUCGGUCUUGCUUCUGCUGCGACGAGACGCUUGCAGUUGAUCAGGAUUUACGCUCUGUUGUCCGGCGUCGUAAUACUUCUAGUCCUCGCUAGUGGACUUCUUCGGACAGUUAUCCAUUUCACAAUGAAGGACGACAUCAUUUCCGAGUGCACAAACUUGACGAAAGAUGAUACUUUUGUCUCCUAUCCGUUUGGAUUUUUUGGCCCAGCACGACACAGCGUUGUGGACGAAGCCGAUGCGAACAGAUGGUGUCAAAACGCCUGGGAUCACGAUUCGUGGGCUGAAAUUGUAUCGUUACUUAUCUUGCUAUUCUUAUCCGGUCUAUGGACGUCCAUAGCGUUCAGUUACUACCGGCAAGUCCUCGACCCUACCAGCCCAGCCAACGUUUCUCGCGUGCCCGCUCCUCAGGAUUGGGCCUCGCAUUAUAAUCCUCCUUACAGCGGUCCCUAUGGUGGACGACCAUACUACGGACAACAGCCUUAUGGUCCACCACAAUAUGUACCACCUCCAGGACCACCACAGCAGCAAUAUGGUCCACCACCCGGUCCACCACCACCACCUGGAUAUGCAGGAGGUGACGGAGUUGCUGGGGGAGCAUAUAAGAAGCAGUUGGAGGAGAAGGACAACCCAUUCGCUGAUUUCGAUCAGCCUGCACAUUCGUCGAAUCAGCGUUUGUGA